AUGACUUCCUUGCCGGGCAGUCAGUUCUGGGGCCCUUUGUUCAAGGCCGCCCUCGUCAACUAUGUGUGGCCCAAUAGCCUCCUAUGGAGUAUUUCAUUGUGUGUGGUGAUGCUUCCCAAUGACUGUGGCCGCAUUGUGGGGAGCAUCCCGGCCACGAUAGCUACCGGCUUUGUGGACAAACUGCAUCUCGGCGGUACCCCGGAACUCCAACAAGCCUUCGUGAGCCUCGGGCUCUACAUCACCGCCUUCCUGCUACGCCGGCUUAUCUCCUUGGCAUUGAGCGCGGCGCACUUUGUGUUCGACCACUGCUGGGUGUUUUACAACCUGGCAGUUCUAGCCGGGACCUCCGCCGCCAUCCUCAAGAAAGUUCUUCCGCCGACUUGGAAAAGCAGGCUACACUCCGCGUGGGUGUGGUUUGGCUACUGGCUUAUAUCAGGUCCCGUGAAUCUAAUCUAUUUCACCGUGAUCGCCCUGACAUCGUUUCAAAGGCACGCCGUAACCACCAUCGCUCAUAUCGUCAAGACAGCCGGCCUAUACAUCCUCUCCGCCCAGACCACAUUCGCCCGGGUGCCGGCUCCCAAGACUUUCAACUACUCACUAGUACCCAACUUUGAUCCCGCGUCCGAAAUUCGUCUCCUACGGCUCCACCGCUGGCUGCCCUUUCUUCAGCUCUCCGCCGAGCUCGUCUCCUACCCUCUACACGCCGUGCCGCCGUACUAUGCCAUCUCCUACGUGUGGGACGAUGGCCCCAAAGACCUUGACCAAAUAUGGCUCAAUGGAAUGUUGUUUUCCGUUCGGAGGAACGUGCACGAUAUUCUCCGAAACUGCAGCUCUGGCUUCGGACCACGGCUGAUCUGGGUUGAUAGCAUCUGCAUCAACCAGCAGGACUUGUCCGAGAAAGCCCUCAAGUUCGAGCCAUGGAAGAUAUAUAUUCGAGAGCUUGCCACGUCAUCUGCAGGAGGUCGCCUUGGCGAAAAAGGUGACCUUUUUCUAUGGCGGCACCCCGUCACCUUGGACGAACUACACGGCUGGCGCGAGGUGAUUUGCGACGGCCAAGUCCUCUCAUCUCUGGCCACGCUGGCGGCGGACCCCGACGAAAAUCUCGAGUCCACAAUGUCCCCGUAUCUGGGCUUCACGGGUAUGACGUUCACCGUCGCUCAUCGCAUGGAGCGCUCCAUCUUCGGGCCUCCGCAGCUGAGCCGCGUCCUCCGCGUCUUUGGAGACAAGGCGGCGACGGUGGAUCGCGACAAGGCCUUUGCCCUCUUCGGCAUGGCCAAGGAGAGCACGGAUCCGAAUCUCAAGCGCAUGAUUGAUUACGUCCGUCCCGCGCAGGACAUUAUGCUCGAUCUGGCCAACUACCUGCUCGACUGCGGGCAGGCGCUCGAGGUUUUCGACCUUGCCGGCCUGCAACAGCGCGGUCGGGAUGCCAGUCUACCCUCGUGGGCGGUAGACUGGUCCGCCUUGCGGUCGGGGAUGCCGCUGAACACGGCGUUUAACCCUCAUAACCUGCAAUACCACGCGGCCGCAGAGCUGAGCCCCAAAGUACGCCGAGGGGCGUCGCGGCGCAAAGUAGUGAUGAGCGGCCAGCACCUUGACCGCAUCACCCACAUCGUCCCGCUCCCAGAGCAGAGCACCCGGCGAGCAGCGAGCUUCGAGUACCCAGGCGAGGUCCUGUCCUUUGCUAAAGCACAUGCUUCCGACCCUUACCCGUACCGAGGAGACGGUGGGCAGCCCCUCGCCGAGGCCGUCUGGCGCACUCUGAUCGGCGACAAGACCCACUCGGCCCGCCCCGCGCCGCCCACUUGCGGCCGUGAUUUAGCCGUGAUCCUUUCCACGACGCAAAAUGUCGUCGCGGUGACUGGGUCCAGGUUUGGGCACUUUACGCCCCACCAGCUGCAGUCGAUGCUCGGUGUGACGGAGCACGAGCAGGCCGAGAUUCGGCAAGCGCUCGCCCGGUUCCAGGAGGUUGAGUUGCUCUACGACAGCAGCAAGGGCUCCAGCCCGCUUGUGUUUUGUGUGACGGCCAAGGGGUAUAUUGGCAUGGUGCCGCAGGUGAGCCAGGUAGGGGACGAUGAUCUUACUACCAGGUUAGGGUCUUUCUUGACAACUGCCGCCAGCAAGGUCCUCGGCGGCUAA